CGAGGCGAGUGUGUGUGUAUGUGUGUGUGUGUGUGUGUGUGUGUGAGUACCGGAGGAUGAACAUGGACAGCGGCUGCACGGCGGCUCCCCUCCCUGGCUAAAGCAGUCGGGGAGAAACCCGGAGCUCCACCUCAUCGCUGCCUGAAGACGGGAUUGUAAGAAUAAAGCAAAGAUGACGGAGGGCAGACUUUGUCAAGUGCAGCUGCUGGAUGACAGGAAGCUUGAGCUGCUGGUUCAGCCUAAGCUGCUGUCCUACGAGCUCCUCGACUUGGUGUCCUCCCACUUCAACCUCAAAGAGAAGGAAUUCUUUGGACUCGCAUUUUUCGAUGACAAUGGUCAGCGUAAGUGGUUGCAGAUGGACCGCAGAGUUCAUGAACAUGACUUCUCCAAGAAGCCCGGGCCCAUCACCCUCAACUUCCUGGUCAGGUUUUAUGUAGAAAACAUAACGCUGCUUAAGGACAUCAUAACGGUGGAGUUAUUCUUCCUGAACGCAAAAUCUGCUGUCUACAAUGGGAUCAUCGAAGUGGAAAGUGAAAACGUCUUCAAAUUAGCUGCAAAUGCUUUGCAGGAGGCGAAGGGAGACUACACAAGUGACGAAAACACUCGAGCGGACUUGAAGAAACUACCAACUCUUCCCACCAAAGUACUUAAGGAACACCCAUCACUUGCAUACUGUGAGGAUCGAGUGAUUGAAUAUUAUAAACAGCUGAAAGGGGUCUCCCGAGGACAGGCCAUUGUGCAGUACCUGACUUUAGUGGAAUCACUGCCCACGUACGGCGUGCACUAUUAUGAAGUUAAGGAUAAACAAGGGAUCCCCUGGUGGCUUGGACUCAGCUAUAAAGGCAUCGGCCAGUACGACCUGCAGGACCGAUUAAAACCUCGAAAGCUAUACCAGUGGAAGCAGCUGGAAAACCUGUAUUUCCGUGAGAAAAAGUUUGCUGUGGAAGUUAAUGAUCCACACAGGAGGGCGGUAACCAAGCGCACUUUCGGGCAGACGGGCCUACUCAUCCACACGUGGUAUGCCAGCCACUCUCUGAUCAAAACCAUCUGGGUCAUGGCUAUUAGCCAGCACCAGUUCUACCUGGAUAGAAAGCAAAGCAAAGUGAAAUUAGGAACAGCAAGGAGUUUGGAAGAAAUUGCUAUGGAUCUCACAGAGCACGGAGGAGCAAAGAUAAACAGACUGGCAGACGCAGGCUUGAAGAAUAACUUAAUAACAGCCAGCAAUGGGAGCCUGGUAUCUACAGGAUCCGGAGACUCUGAGAUGAGUGAGGAGCAGAAGAAAGAGAAACUGUCUGAGCUGAGAAAAAAAGAGCAGGACAUCCAAGACAUCUUGGCCAAGAAAACAAAGGAACUGAAAAAGAUUUGUCUGCGAGAGGCGGAGCUCACUGGCAAGCUGCCGAAGGAGUAUCCCCUCUCCUCAGAUGAGAGACCGCCGCUGGUCAGACGUCGCGUUGGCACAGCUUUCAAGUUGGAUGACCUGUUCCCCUACAACGAGGAUCCAUUCCUGAGGAACCUGGAGAGCAGAUUUGCGCUGCAGCAAAAGAUUGUGGAGGCAGCGAAAAAACUUGCAAAUGAGUCGGAGUUGUCCAAAACAGUGAAGAAGAAAAGGAGGAGAAACUGUUUGGACGCCAUGCACAGGCUCCAGCAGAUAGAGGACGAGAUGAACCAGUACAGGAUCAAGAAGGGAAAGAAGCCCACGCAGCGGGCCUCAGUAAUCAUUGCAGAUGAACUCAUCCGUUCAGACUGCAGCUCCCUGUCGAGUCUCCCACUGGAUGAUGAUGACUCAGACAGCGUCAAUCAGAGGCCGCGGUCACGGUCGGUCCAAGGCUCCCCUCAGCUCAGUCCAAUGCGCUCGCUGGGGGCAGAGUAUGAUCUGGAGCGACAGGGAUCUCCGAGGGAAAAUCACAACAGCAAGAACCACAGCAGAUUAGCUUUUGAAGGCCAGUCGGGUUCCCACUACUACCAGAAUCCAAGAGAGGUCUCCUCCGCCCACAGUAGUCCCUAUAAAACCCUUCCCAGACCUCCCAGAGAUCCACGCAGCAUGCCUCCCACCCCGGUUAUGACCCGCAAUGCCUACAGCAGCAGCCAGCUCAGGUCGGAGGGGUCUCCUCAUUGCUUCAGGCACCGCAGCGGGAGUCUGGAGUCGCAGCCCCAACAAAGAAAAGACACCGACUCUGAGAAGCAGGUGUUCAUCUUGUCACAUGCCCACCGCAGCAACAGCACAGAGGUGUUAGAGGACUGUUCCUCCUACACCAGUCAGUCUAGUCUGGACUACUGUGGGGCGGCCAACUCCCACUACAGUACACUGGACUCCCGCACCUCCACCAUGCAUCGUCUCCACAGGAAGGUGGAGGUGUACGGAAAUACCGGGAGCAUGCCCAACUUGGUCCAGCACCAUUCUGGUUGCAGUUACUCAUGUGAGACCUCAACACACUAUGCACCGAGUGCCUACUACGUCACUGACUACGCCUGCUCGGACAUGGAGCCGUAUUCUAACGGUGCCUACGUGUAUGAGAACGAAGUUGAAGGCCACUACAACGUCAACCCUUCCUACCAAAUGAAUGGGUAUCACGGACAUGACAGAUUCAGGCAUUACAGCAGUGACAGGGCAGAUGGUCUUUCCCAAAAUCCCUAUGCGACAGUGAGGCCGCCACGGAACAGAGAGGGCCCCAGAAAUGAGCUCUUGGCCAAGAACAUGCAGAAGGCCCUGGUGGCGGAGCAUCUGAAAGGCUGGUACCAUCGCAGCAAGGGCCCCAGGGAGGGAGGGAGAGGGACGCUCACCGGAUACGACUUUGACAGCGGCUCUCAGCUGAGUCUGGGCUACCAGACCAUGCCAGCGGCCUUCAGCCACUCCAGCAGAACCACGUCCUUCUCCUCAGUGUCCUCAGCUGAGAGCACGGGCAACUGGCGCAAUCAGCUGGCAGUCGGCCUGAAGGAGUAUGACUCGCCUGUCACACCUCAGUACCCUCAUCCCGGAGCUCACGCCUCGCCGUACAACCGCAGUCCGGCACACAGCAGAUUUUCUCCAGAUAACAAAGUGUCUGACACAGUGCCUAAAAAUUCUGAGACAGUUGAAGUGGUUGGCGCUGAGACCACUAGUAGAGAUGAACCAUCAGACAACCAUUCUAGCAGUUAAGGAUUUCACCUGGAUGGAAGCUACAUGAGCAUCCGCUGAAGAGGACCAAAUCAAACUUUGGCACACGUGAACCCAGGGCCAGCAGCACAUGAACGGGAUGAAGUUGGAACGCAGGUCGCACACAAGCUUUUCUGCCAUAGCUCUCGUCUCGGGAGAUGAUCCAUCUUUGGCAGCCUGUGUUUGCACCUGUCCUCAUGUUUAAAGUAACCUCUGAACACAGGGAUGACACUCUUGAAUGACUUUCCCAUGUGCCUUGGAUUGGAUGAAUUGUACAGGUAGAUGAGAAUGUGUCGAAAAACUUUAAGAUGUUGCACAGGCGCACUGGAUUCAAACUCUAUUGUGUAUCAAAGAUGAAAAAAAAGAAGCAACAUGUGUUUUUACUGAACCCAACCCAACGUGUAUUUUAACAGGAACUAGUUACUGUUUCAUAUCAAACAGUAGGUUAUGGAAUAAAAUGAUUUUCACCACUUUGGUCUCAGUGAAAUAUGAUGAAAUAAUAUUCUGAUCCAAAUUGAAAACAAACCAUGAACAGGUUAUUGAUCGUCAUUAGAGCUGAUUGUGUAUUCGAUAAAUUCCCAUUUCUUUCUUUCUUUUAACAUUGAAUGAGAAUGUAUCAUGUCAAUAUUGUUUAUAGAACCAUUUGUUCACGUUGGUGCCGUAGUGUUUUAAGAUGCAUGGUGAGAACAUAGAUCUUUUGAUAAGAACUUCUUUUUUAUGAGAACAGAAGACCACUGCCGUGAACACCAUGUCCAUGACCCCUUCUCUCUUUUUCUCACAUAUUUGUACAGUCACCGUGUGUAGUGAUAUGUUGUUAGAUGUUGUCAUUAAAUAUUUUCCACUGGGAACACGGAUGUGAAUAAAUACAUGUAUGACACAGA